GCGAGAGCUGUGAACGGCUGUCGGCAGUGAGAUCAUGGGAGAGUCCAUGCUUGGAGAAAGUGGGUUAGCAGGGUAGAGUGAGAGAAAAGCAGGCUGAGACUCAGAUCGCAGAGGGGGGGUCCGAUCGCCGGUCGUCCACAGUCGGACUAUUCUGUCAAAAAAAAAAAGAAAAAAGUUGGGUUAAAUCUAUUUACCAGCGCACUGAGACGGUUACGAUGCGAUCCACAGAGACUUUACGCACUCUUUUAUUUCGGUCGGAAUUGACUGAGCGAUAGAGGAGCGGAGUUUCAGGUAGUUUUCUUUUUUGCUGGACGAGAGCUGUCUCCAGUCGGAACGAAGUGAAUCUCCACAGAGCCACUGUGGUUCUGUUCUCCUCCCUUCUGCAUCUACAUUAAACCACAUGUAGCCGAGUGGUUGUACCGUUCAGUCAACAGAUACACACCAACAUGAGAGCUCAGAUCGAGGUCAUUCCCUGUAAGAUCUGCGGGGACAAGUCCUCAGGAAUCCACUAUGGAGUCAUCACCUGCGAAGGCUGCAAGGGCUUCUUCCGCCGCAGCCAGCAGAACAACGCCAUGUACUCGUGUUCCCGCCAGAGGAACUGCCUGAUCGACCGAACUAACCGCAACCGCUGCCAGCACUGCCGCCUGCAGAAGUGUCUGGCUUUGGGCAUGAGCAGAGACGCGGUCAAAUUCGGCCGCAUGUCCAAGAAGCAGCGCGACAGCCUCUACGCUGAAGUGCAGAAGCACCAGAAGUCCCAGGAGUGUGCGGGCUCGGCCGGCGGGGGCGCUGCGGCUCUGUCCGUUCCCAAGGAUGAGGGCGUCCGCGGCGGUGGAGGGGAGGACAGCAAGGAGGCUCUGAGUCGGUCCUACAGCAGCGGGGGCUCAAGCUCCACCCUCAGCGACCUAGAGGACAUCGCAGCGCUGCCGGACCUGUUUGACCUGCCGCUGACCCCCGAGGAGUCCAGCGAGUACUGCGGCCAUGAGCUGCUGGGGGGCGGCGCCAGCACGGGGAACACCUCCAACUCAUCCUCCGCCUCUUCCUCUUCGUCCUCCUUGUCCAAUCAGAAUUCCCCGGAGCCGACGAUGCUGGACGGAGCGGACAGCGCCGGGAUCCACCUCUUGCACACGCGCUCUCUCGCGCAUCCUCUGCUAAAACGCACACACGCGCUGCUGGAUCAUCUGCCUGAGGACUGCUCAAUAACAGAACUUGAGCGCAUCACUCAGAGUAUUCUCAAGUCUCACUUGGAGACGUGUCAGUACAGCGCUGAAGACAUGAAGAGAAUCACCUGGGCACAAUACACACCCGAGGAAACGCGUGCUUUUCAAAACAAGUCAGCCGAGUGGAUGUGGCAGCAGUGUGCACACCACAUCACCAACGCCAUUCAGUAUGUGGUGGAGUUUGCCAAACGAAUCGCUGGCUUCAUGGACCUGUGCCAGAAUGAUCAGAUUAUAUUGCUGAAAGCAGGCUGUCUCGAGGUCCUGCUGAUACGCAUGUGCCGGGCUUUCAACGUCAACAACAGCAGCAUUUUCUUCAAUGGAAAGUUUGCCCUGGCUCAGUUCUUCAAAGCGCUUGGUUGUGAUGACCUGGUCAGUGCAGUGUUUGACCUGGGUAAAGGACUGUGCCGUCUCCAACUGUCUGAUGAGGAGAUGGCCCUGUUUAGCGCUGCCGUUCUAUUAUCUCCAGAUCGGCACUGGCUAACAGAAGGCCAAAAGAUUAAAAAACUCCAGGAGAAGGUCUACCUGGCUCUGCAGCACAGUCUACACAAGAGUGGAGCUUCAGAAGAGAAAAUGGACAAGAUUGUGUCGAAGCUGCCCAUGAUGAAGUCUAUCUGCAACCUCCACGUGGAUAAACUUGAGUUUUUCCGCUUGGUCCACCCAGAGACCGCCUACAGUUUCCCACCACUGUACCGGGAAGUGUUUGGCAGCGAGAUGUCUCUGCCGGACUCCACCAACAGCUAGAAAGACGGAUGGAGAGUGUAUUGAGAAGUAGGGAAGCAAGUAGGCGAGACAGAGAAGGAUAGAUUAUGUUGAAGCUCACCAACCAGCAGUUAAGAGACAAUCCAGGAUUUCUAAUACUCCGUCUCCCUCGAUCCCAAAGAAGUCCUCCACCCUCCCAGCAGGCAAAGCACCUUACACUACAGACCACACAUGCUCACGGCCCUCUGCAUACUGUAGCAUUGACAACACGCGAAUGGGUAUAGAGGUAAUAACACCCCACUAGAAGUGAGGCUCUUUUAUUGACAUCAGAUCCACUGUGGAUCAGCAACUAGUUAUGAAUGUACCUCAUCGAUACGCACCAGUGCAUAAGCCAGAACCCAACAACGGCGAAUGUACAAACCUGAAAUCCUUGUGACAGAGUUUUACACUAAGUAUUAGAAUGAUGUUGUGUAGAUUCACAGGUCCCACUAUUAAUACACCUCUGUCAAUAUUUCUUUCUGUAUUAAUACAUCUCCGUAGCGUACGCCCGCGUAUUCAAACAGACAAUAUCCGCCGCACUGACAAUCGCUUAGGGACUAAGACCUUGGGUCAUUUUCUCUGACAUGAAACACACAGAUGUGACAUGACUCUGGGCUUGGGCCGACCUCUUCAAUCAGCUGAACCAGUUUCACACACAGUUAGACAGUGUUCGGUGCUGCCUUUUUGUAUAGGCUCUUGUAAUGCAAUGAGAAACCUCAGUCCCAUGCACCCCUUUCCUUGUAAAUGCCACUUAGAGACAGGAUAAGAUGAAAUUAUCUUUAAUUUAUAUACACAUUUAUACACAUAUUUUAAAUAAGAAUGUAAAUAGAUUACUAAGUAUAUGGAGAGAGUUGGAAUGUGUGAGUUCAGUACACCAAGAGAGGGAGAGAAAAGUACGUUGUAAGAUGUGGAACAAAGAUGGAUGAUAUCUGGACUCAAAUCGUUUUCUGGACUACAUCUCCUCCUGGCAGUUUUCUCAGGUUCCCAUGGAAACAAUCCCGUCUUGCACUGAAGGCAAAACCCAGCGCGGUUAUGGGAGGUCAUCACGCAGGUGGCGGGCACUUGUUUUAGAAGCGACACAGCAGGGGGUGCUGUGUAUCUUUACAAAGACACGUUUAAAUGAGUUUUCAGGCUGCGCUAUUGUGCCCUAACUAAAGAGACGAGAGACACAUGGAAACUAAGAGAAAGCAAGGCAAAAGAUGACUUCCUGAACUUUAUAAUAAAAUGGGAUGCACAGGAUAUCCCCACCUCUUUCUAACCAGCAGUCAGUACAAUAAGGGGUAGUGAAUUUUCUUUCACUCACAGUUUCAGUUGGAUAAUAGUCAGAACGUGGAUGAUAGAUAUAAUAUGUAUCAUGAACCGUCCUUGCUGGUUGAAAGAAAAUUGUAUUAUUUUGUACAUUUGCUGUUCCUCUCUCCUGUAGUCCCUAACCCAACACUUGUCCAAACACCAAGCACUUAUACUUUCCUCACUGGACACUAAUCUAUGGGCAGACAGAGCUACUAGCCCCCCCUGAGUCGGGCCCAGAAUGCCAGUAAGACUUUAGGGUUGUUUCAUUAUUUUAGUUUUUUAUUCCAUAUCCGAUACACAAGGUCACCUAUAACUGUUUACAUUGUUUAUGUACAUAACACUAUCUGAAGGUUUGUUACAUUGAGCAGAGUCUGAGGACCUUCUGUCUACCACUCAGGGAGCUGGCUGUGGUCUCUUGUCCCUUUUUAUUACCAGUGUCGUCCUUUAGCAUUGUGCUUCUCACACAUUUGCACCUAAAAUAAAACCCAUUACCCUAAUUAAUGUGGACGUAAUUUCUAUUUUUGUGAAUGUCACCCAAAAAGUGUCGAAGCCCACCCCUUUUGUCCUAAUAUUGUGAAAUCAAAUUGACAACAUAGGAAUUGAAAAAUAUAUAUAUAUUUUAGCAUUACAGAAGAAUUCAUUAUUAGGGUUUAAUGUUUCUUUUUGCUGUGAUUUUCUUUUAUCCACCGUUUCCUUUGUGUCUCCACUCUUGUCUUGUAAAGUCAGUGAUCUAUUUUUUAAUUCAAGAAAGACUAGGUACAAACAAAAAAGAAUACUUUGUCUCACUUCUCUUUCCCUGUAUGACACAAUGUACAAGAGGUAUAUUACUAGUCCAAGAGUAACUGAGUUACACAGCUCUAUAUAUAUUGUUGUCCAAUGGGAUGCAUUAUAUGUGGUUUUAAGAAUGUAAUAAAUGGUUUCCUUUUCUUUUAAGGUG